UCCAUUGACUCUUCAAUUUUCUGAAAAUGGUGCAUGAAAAGUGAAAUCAGAAUUUUUCAUGUGUAAUUUCCACCUGGCGGGCUUAUGUGGAACUAGAAAUGUGUGUCCUUUUGACCGCCUUUGGGUGCUCUAUCCGUGGAAUUAUGUAAAUCCCUGUAGAUGUAACAAAUGUGUAUGUUUUCAAGGCACAUGCAAUUGGAAAGUUGUAUUCUGGGUGUGCUAUGUAUACUAGGAUUGGGGACUUUGUUCCAUAGCGGGAUCUUCAGCCCCUAACCCUAGUGCUACUGACUAGAUAGACCACUCUUCUCUAGCUGCAUGUAUGUCCCCGAAGUUGACGUCGCACCACUCUCGGAUGGCCAUUUGGAACCAAACCUAAAUAUUAACCCUACGAUGAGCGGGUGGUUUCCGAAGGCGUUUUUCUUCCCCACACUAGCUUACAAUGUCCUCAUGGAGAAGCUCACGUCGCGAGCAUGGUACUCUAGGAUUGAUGAGACUGUGCUACUCGGAGCCUUACCAUUCAGAAGCAUGACAGACGAGCUGGUGGAGAACGAGAAUGUGAAAGGAGUCAUUACAAUGAAUGAAGAUUAUGAAACGAGAUAUUUUGUUAAUACUGCUGAGGAAUGGGAAAAAUUUGGUGUUCGCCAGCUGAGGUUGGAUACAAUGGAUAUGAUAGCAGCACCAUCGCAAGAAAACCUCACGCUGGGGGUGAGGUUCAUCAAUGAAAUCAAAAAGACGACAGGGGGUUCGGUUUAUGUCCACUGUAAAGCUGGCAGGACGAGAAGUGCUACAGUUGUCGCUUGUUAUAUUAUGGAGACGAGACGUUUAGAUCCGGAAGCUGCCUUCGAAUUUGUCCGUGAUAAACGCCCUCAUAUUUGGAUACGAGAAACCCAAUGGGAAGCCAUAAGGACUUAUUACGCAAAUUUAUGCAAAAAUCAUCCGACUGGCUCGGCUGUAUGACAGAUAUUGUUGUUUAGGACUUGUGACUGUGUGCUUGUUUCAGAUUGUGUCUCUACACAAACACUGGUUCCGACUCUGCCCACCCAGGCAGCCAUUACUGAAAUCUUGGAGUAAUCACAGGCAUUUGAAGAUGCAAUAAUCAAUAUUGCUGUUAAGGACUUGUGUGCUUGUUUCAGAUUGUGUCUCUACACAAACACUGGUUCCGACUCUGCCCACCCAGGCAGCCAUUACUGAAAUCUUGGAGUAAUCACAGGCAUUUGAAGAUGCAAUCUAUAUCAUAAUACUAUAAGGCGGCUCGAUAAAGUGCCAUUUGGGGGUCGUGUUUCGUCUCGAAAUUUUGCACGUUUGCAGGUGAUAUGUUAUCCCGAUGCAACGUUAUGUUUAUUUUCGGAAAUUUACUUCAGCGGAGCAGUAAUGAGGGAUUUUUAAUCGGACACUGUCAAUUCUCCUUACCACUCACAGAUGUUUAGUUAUGCAGGGGCUUAAUCAAUCACCUGCACUCCCUGUGGGGUUACUAACACUACCUGUUGAACGGCUUGCUGUAAGGGGAUGAUUGGAACAGCCUGUACCUGUUGACCUGCUGAACCCAGGUUAAUGUUAUUUUCAAUCCACGAUUGCAGGUCACCUGAUCUUCAAGAUUUCACGGGGAAAGAAAUUGUAAACAAACGCAUGUGUGCAGUUCAAAUGUGAACAAAAACGUAUUUUUGGUACUUUUGGUUGCUGGACUUGAGUUUUCCCGCAGUAAGGAGCUGGGGUUAAAUUGAUGGUCUAUUGUAUAUUGGUACUGUAUUAGCCAGUGCUAGCCCUUGAUUAUGAAGGGAUUUUGAAGAGGCACUCUGAACUUGGCAUGGCCUUUUCAAGGAGCUGCUCAUGGUGCUGAACUUUUAGCUUGCCUGUCGACUAAGUGCCUUGCCCGAGAUCAUGCUACAUGUAGGAGGAGCACGCAUUUUAAAGUUAUAGUACAUGUAGUGAUAGUGCAAUUGGUCCCAGCCAUUUGGAAGCCGACAUGUGAAGGCCUGUCUGGGUUCUCCUUCUCCGUAUAAAAAGGGGCACAUUGCUGACUAAGGAACGAGGCAUAUUGACAUUGCCUCAUCAUCUCUAUCAUACCAAUUGAUAUACUUUUUAUGCACGCAUACAGCACGCUACAGCUAGGUCCGAGUCUGUGGAAAAAUGGUUGGUUUAAUUUGUCUCUUCGCUAUUGCUCCUUUUAUAUUGCAUUAGAUUUUCAUUGUAAUUCAAUCUAUUCAAGGUAUAGCCCAUUUGAACCUUCCUGCGCCACGGGUACAAUGCUAGUAAUCAAUAUUGCUGUUAAGGACUUGUGUGCUUGUUUCAGAUUGUGUCUCCACACAAACACUGGUUCCGACUCUGCCCACCCAGGCAGCCAUUACUGAAAUCUUGGAGUAAUCACAGGCAUUUGAAGAUGCAAUAAUCAAUAUUGCUGUAAAGGACUUGUGUGCUUGUUACAGAUUGUGCCUCUCCACAAACACUGGUUCUGACUCUGCCAACACAGGCAGCCAUUACUGAAAUCCUGCUCCAAGAAUCUUGAAGUAAUCACAGGUGUUUGAAGCAAAGUGCUUUUUUUGUGUACUUUUUUCGUUCUUAAAGUGACGCGUUAUAAUUGAUGACGUGAACUCAAUGUAAUCUCACUCCGAUAGAUGAACACUCAUGCUAAGCCCGGCCUAUCAGGUGGUCUGGAUGUAUAGUCGUAAGCAAAAAUACAAGUCACUGGUUGCAAGUGAAAAGUUCUCGUUCUUUUUCCGCAACUCGAUUACUUCUGCCUUCUUCCAGGCUACGUGGGGUUACCACGAUUUGAUUACAGGGACGUAGUCAAAGCCGAAACAUUUCUAAAGCUUUCUCCAAUCUAACUGUUUAUUCACGCAAAGGCAUCAGUAUUAAAUACAAAUUUUCUAACUGCAUGCAAUUACAAUAUUAUAAAUCUAUUCGCAUGCUAUGAAUUAGCAAUUUGCCAUGAUCGGACAAUUUGGACAGCAAAUAUCUUCCCUAACCCCAUUAAAAUUAUAGUAAACUACGGAACAAACAAAACGUAUAAAUCGACUGCUUCUCAAUAGACAGUCUUUAGGCACAAAAUCGCGCAUCCCGACAAAAGUAUUUCCGCUGAAUGAUACUAAAUCAUUCGAUACACCACGUUAACAAUAUAAUAACUAAUUCAGUUAUUAUCGGGUUAUUAUCCAAUUACAAAGAUUGCUGUCCAAUAGUCCGAUAUCGCAGCAUGCAGAAAUAAGAUUAAACUCGACGAAAUUAAAGGGCCGAUAUUUUCUAUAUCCCGGGGGUAUACUUUACAUACGCCCCUUCUUAAAGUUAAAAGCUUCUUCUAACUAAACAAUCUGUUACCUCAAAUCCCAGAACUCAAAAUCUCACUGUAUAUAUCGAAGAAAAACCCGCAGACGUGUUGCGAGAUGAAUUCUCCCGCACAAGAAUCCAUCUCUCAUUAAGUUGUUCCGGUGUAGAAGUUUAAAAUGUCCUAGGAUAAAAUGUCCGGAAACAAAGGAUUCUAUUAUGCGCUGAGCUAUUGACAGCCAUGGCCUCUAUAGAACUAUAUGCCAUAAUCUGUUAGAAUACAAUAGGCCCGGACACUUUUUCCAGGGGGGACACUUUCUACUUUUACACCGGCCAAUCAAGACAAGAAAAACCCAACUCUACACAAUCUAAUUUCGUAUGCCCGAACGGCACAUUAUGCAUACCCGUUA